CCCUCCUCCUGCCCCUAAAGCAUCCUGGGCCACUCAGUAGCUGUGGACGCUUUAGGGGCAGGAGGAGGAGGAGGGUUGUGGGUGGAUCUCCCCCUCCUUUUCCAGUCCGAGACCAGAAAAACCAAUCAAACCCACCCCUUUCUGGGUGUUUACUCGCCGGCCCCCGUAGGCCGGGUUUCAGACCACGUUUCUUAGGACUCCUUACCUCCUCCUCCCCCCAAACACACACUAAUGACGGGGACUGGACAGUGGCUUUCGACCCGAACGAGGAUAAUGUCCUGAUAGAUUCCUUUUUGAGCUAGUAAAUACAAGUGACCGUGCUUAAUGGGGUUUAUUUUUGCAGAUCAAAUGAAAGAGGAAGCUAUGCCCUCAGAAGGAGAGAAAUCUCCUGAAGCUGAGAACAACAAGAAAAGCAAAAGUGGAGCUUCUCAGGAUUCUCAACCUUCUCCCCUGGCUCUGCUGGCAGCAACUUGCAGCAAAAUAGGAACUCCUGGUGAGAAUCAAGCGACCGGACAACAGAUUAUAAUAGAUCCAAGUCAAGGUUUGGUGCAGCUUCAGAAUCAACCACAACAAUUAGAAUUGGUAACAACUCAGCUUGCUGGUAAUGCCUGGCAGCUUGUCGCAGCUGCUGCUGCUCCUGCUUCAAAAGAGAACAAUGUCCAACAAGCAUCUUCUUCUGUUGCUUCAAGUGCAGCAAGUCCCUCCAACAGCAACAACGGAAAUGCAUCUCCUUCAAAAACGAAACCAAGCAAUUCUUCUGGAGUAACUCCAGGACAGUUUCAAGUUAUACAAGUACAGAAUCCAGGUGGUAGUGUUCAGUAUCAAGUAAUUCCACAGAUUCAGACGACGGAAGGUCAACAAAUUCAGAUAAAUCCUGCUAAUACCACAGCUCUGCAAGAUUUACAGGGUCAGAUUCAGCUCAUCCCUGCAGGAAAUAAUCAGGCUAUCCUUACAACUACAAAUAGGACAGCUUCGGGGAAUAUUAUUGCUCAAAACUUGGCAAAUCAAACAGUGCCAGUCCAAAUUAGGCCUGGUGUUUCUAUUCCAUUGCAGCUGCCAAUUGCUGGUGCUCAGGCACAAGUUGUAACAUCAUUGCCUAUAAACAUUGGAGGAGUGACUCUAGCGUUACCUGUAAUAAAUGUUGCUGCAGGUAGUAGUUCUGGGCAGGUUACUCAACCCGCUGAUAGUGGAGUUUCCAAUGGAAAUCAGCUUUUGUCAACACCUGUCACAACAUCUUCUGUUAGUACCAUGCCAGAUUCUCCUUCUUCCACAUGUACAACCACUGCCACCACUUCACUAACAAGCAGUGAAACAUUAGUAAGCACUGCAGAAACAGGCCAGUAUGCAAGCACAGCAAACAGUUCCGAGUCUAGUACUGAAGAACCUCAGACAACUGCAUCAGAAACAGAGGCUCAGAACUCCAGUCAGCUUCAGUCUAAUGGAUUGCAAAAUGUGCAGGAUCAGUCAAAUUCACUGCAGCAGGUGCAAAUAGUAGGUCAACCUAUUUUACAGCAGAUUCAAAUUCAACAGCCACAGCAGCAGAUCAUUCAGGCUAUUUCCCCACAGUCUUUUCAGCUUCAGUCAGGACAAACUAUUCAGACUAUUCAGCAGCAGUCUUUGCAAAAUGUUCAACUACAAGCAAUGAGUCCAACCCAAGUACUCAUAAGAGCACCAACUUUAACCCCAUCAGGGCAAAUCAGCUGGCAGACAGUGCAGGUCCAGAAUCUUCAAAGCCUUUCAAAUCUCCAAGUUCAAAAUGCAGGGUUGCCCCAGCAACUGACCAUUACUCCUGUGUCUUCAAGUGGUGGUACCAUAGCUCAGAUUGCACCAGUAGCUGUUGCAGGUACACCGAUAACUCUAAAUGCUGCUCAGAUUGCUUCAGUGCCUAAUCUUCAGACAGUAAGUGUAGCCAAUUUGGGGGCUGCUGGUGUUCAAGUACAAGGAGUUCCAGUCACCAUUACAAGUGUUGCAGGUCAGCAACAAGGACAGGAAGGAGGCGUGAAAGUACAACAAGCCACAAUAGCACCUGUAACUGUAGCAGUAGGAGGUAUUGCUAACACAGCAAUUGGUGCUGUUAGUCCUGAUCAGAUAACUCAGGUGCAUUUGCAGCAAGCCCAGCAAGCUUCUGAUCCAGAUGUUCAGCCUGGCAAAAGGUUAAGGAGAGUUGCUUGCUCAUGCCCUAAUUGCAGAGAAGGAGAAGGAAGAAGCAGUAAUGAACCUGGAAAGAAGAAACAACAUAUCUGCCAUAUUGAAGGUUGUGGAAAAGUCUAUGGGAAAACAUCUCAUCUCCGGGCACAUCUUCGCUGGCAUACUGGGGAAAGGCCAUUUGUAUGCAACUGGAUCUUCUGUGGGAAAAGAUUUACAAGAAGUGAUGAAUUGCAAAGACAUAGGCGAACCCACACAGGUGAGAAAAGAUUUGAAUGUCCAGAGUGUUCUAAAAGAUUCAUGCGAAGUGACCAUCUCUCCAAGCAUGUUAAAACACAUCAGAACAAAAAGGGUGGGGGAACAGCUCUCGCAAUUGUAACUACAGGUGAAUUGGACUCUUCAGUUACUGAGGUUCUUGGAUCACCAAGGAUUGUCACAGUUGCAGCCAUUUCUCAAGAUUCAAAUCCAGCAACUCCUAAUGUUUCAACAAACAUGGAGGAAUUCUGAAGAAAAAUUAUACAAAUGCCUAGAGCUGCACUUAAGUUUACAUACCUUUCAAGAUACAGAAGUGGGCUGGUAAAAGUGUAUUACAGAGCAGGAAAUCAUGUAUUCAGUCUUGGUUUCUGUAAGUAUUCCAAGUUGGAGGAUCAACAUGGGAAGUGUACAUUGUACAAGACAUUUGCUUGUACAAAAAAAUUUCAAAACAGAACCAACUAAUGUAGAUAAAUUAUGGAUAAAGCAGAUGAGGAAAAUAUUGCCUUGGCAUUGUACUAAUUUAUGUAGCCCUAUAUCUAGUAAAGGAUUUUAUUGAAGUUCUUCUUCUCAUGGAAAUGUUUGUUCUAGCAACAAACAGUACAAAUAUGCAACAGGAUAGCUGUUGACUAAGGAUUUUUUCCCAAAAAAUUUUCAUCAGAAGUUCCUUUUUCAAAAGGCAGAACAAAAAUGCAAAACAGCCUAGUGAAGAAGAUUUUUUUUUCUUUUUGGUUUGUUAAACACGUAUAUUAAAUUUGGCCAUCUUUGCUUGUUUUUAAAAAAUAAUUCAGAUGGCAGCAUGUUAAAUGGGUCUGAGAUGCAUCUCAGAUAAUUUUGGCCACUACAUUAUAGUAGUGUGUAUAAUGACAAUCAGUAAACACAAAUUAUUCUCUUUCUAGGAGAGGCAAGAGAUCUAUAGAGCCAGUGUAUACUGUAGCAAUUAUUGAAUCUUAGAAAUAUAUUGACAUAAGAUUUUAAUUAAUUCUAUGUAAAAAUUAACAAUGGAACAUAUGUGACUAGCCCUAUACCUUAACUCAUCCCAUUUCAAGACAUAGGCGAUUUAUUGCUUAGUUAACCUCAGUCACAAAGUCUGUAAUUUAAAUUAAAUUUUAUUACAAUACUUGGAAACUGCGGGAAGCAAAAUCUUGUAGAGCUUAGGCACCACUGUCAACCUUCUGUCAACAUCAAAUAUUGUUAAUAUACUGAAUUCUUUAGACCUUCACAUAACAGCCAAAGAAAGAAAAAAUAACUGUAACCAAAAGUUUCUCAACUCUAAAUUUUUCUUAUCUUUAUUUUCUUAAGAAAAAUAAUGGUCAGGAUCCAAAGAGCUGCUUUUGGCUUGCCUGAAGUUUUCAGCUUUUUACUUGUUUAAAAAAACUCAAGCAGCCCUUCUGCCAUAUGAAAAAAAUCUUCUGAACUUCCCCAGAUAGCAAAAAUAGCUAGCUAUGCAGCACUGGAAAUGUUUAUUGGAGGAAUGAAAACCAAAAUUCCAGUGCAAAGGUUUCAAUUCUGGCAGUGUGUAUGUGUGUAUGUGUAUGAGAGUGAGUGACUCUGACUUGCAUGUGUAUAUGUACAUUCACACCUAGCCAGCAAGAAAAAAAUUCAUAUUUAAAUAGAUAGCAAGGAAUACUUUUAUUGUUUCUUUUUGGCAAGCAUUUUUGGUUCUUGAAAAACAACACAAGAAAAAUGCAAUUGCUUUACCUUGGUAGAAGAUAAGUGAUUAUGUUCUCAAUAUGAAGUUGUUUAAUACAGUACUCCUCAAAAAGUAACAGCUUAGAUAAUGUUGUUCAUCCAGUUCUAGUCACCGACAACUAGAUAGUUACUAUGGCUGUCUCCUAGGCAGGGAUGCAUGUCCUUAUUUCAUGAAGAGAGACCGAAUUCAGUCGAACAGUGGGGCCCAGAUAAGCUUUGCAAUUGCAUGGAUAGUAAUGUGAAUCCAUAUCAGCCACACUUUGGAGUUGUUUCUAUGUUCAGUUUUACAUUACUGGAUUGAGAGACCGCUGUGUGCAAAUUUUACUAUAUAGCAGAAAAAUGACCAAAUAAUCUUUGGAUUUUUUACAGUAUUUUCUGUAGAUAUUAACUUAGCAUUUUACAGAUCUUCCCCAGUUGUAAAAUAUCUCAUGACUGACUGAUUUUUACAUUUUACACCAAAACCUUUCAGUGAUUUACUGUAUCUUAAAAGUGCAGUGCAAGAAGUUGACACUUUUCCUUUAGAAACUAUGGUUUCCAUUGACAGUUGUUUGAAACUCUGAACAAAAAUAUUUUUAUACCCUUAUACAAAUCCCAGUUUUGUGGCAUUGCAUGUAUUUUUAAAAAUAACUUUAGGGGCGUCUGUAAAGCAACAUACAAAACUGGAAGUCUUUUAUAUCCUCAGCUUACAUGAAUAGGAAAGAAGAGAAUUUUACACUGUGGUUAUCAAUUUCAAAUUUCUUAAGCCUUUUUUAGACAAUAAACUUUUAGUUGGGUUUUUGUAUAUUACUCCAUAUAUUUUUAUUUAAAAUAUUCUCAUCUGAUAUAUGACUUUAAAACAUCAGAAUUGAAUUGGCAAUGCCUUCAAUACAGAUGACCAUUUGAUAACACAAAUAAAUUUUUAAGGCAAAUAAAAUGCAAAAUUGAAGAUGUAUUCUGUCAUUCCGCUUCACAAUCAGUGCUAUAAAAACUCAGUUAAGCAAGUAAAAUUUCCUAAUAGAAUCAUGUGAAAUGAUUUUUUGUAACCUGAAGGCAUAUAUACACUGCACACCUGUUAAAUAUUUUUUGCAUACUUAUGUAUGCAGAUGUGAAAUGGUCAUUAUUUUUAACUUGCAGAUAAUCCCUAUUAUAAAUGUAUGAAAAUCUAGUUGGUACCAUGAAAUCUAAUGUAAACCAAUCUUUUAUAGCAGGUACACUUACUAGUAUUGGACUUAAAGAUAUUUUGAUAGUCUGUUCUGCAUACCAUUCUGAGUCCACUUUUCAGUCUUAGAAGGAUCGUAAAUUUCAGUGUCCUUUAUUUGACUCAGUGGGAUAUAACUGUUGUACGUAAUAGGGCACAGAUAUGCAGUAGUAGCUUGUUUAAUGGCAUAUCACGAUUCAUUCCUUUUACCACCAUUACAGAAUUUUGCUUUAUUGUACUUAUCAGUGCAAAGUGUAUUUAUCAUGAUAGAACUCCAGUGUUGGAAUAGCUUUAUUUUAUUUUCAGUAUACUUUCUUGGGAUAGGGUUGUGUAUGUGUUUCCUGAUUACAUUAGAAAUUGGUGUUACAUCAUUAUUUAUCACACUGUUUCAUGAGAGAAGUAAUAAAUGUGUGUAAUUUAGGAGAAAAAGUUUUUGUUAAACUUAGUUCAGCAUGAUAUUUGGGUCCUAUUUUUCAAUUUUAUAACUGUUUUAUUGCAACAAUGUUUGUAUUUAAGUCUCCAUUUCUAAUGCCUUGUGAUUUUUUUUAAAUGCAUGUCACUAAAUUGUCAUCCCACAAAAAUUGAUGUGCAGCAUCGGGUGUUAAAUCUACAUACUGAUUUUGAAACAGAGAAAUAGUUGGUGGUGAAACUGUAAAUGUUUGGAGAAAACCUUAUAAAAAGUUUUGUAGUAAUAUUUCACUUGUAAAUUUUUUGUAAGAAAAGGGAAAAAGAAAAAAAAUGCAAAAAACCCACCCAUUCUAGAAUCUACAAAUUAAUUCUGCCAGCAAAGCCUCUAAGGCAUUAAUUUUUACUAUGCUAAUUUGUAAAAAUUUUGUGUGUUUUUGUGGAUUUGGAAAUAAAACUGUGUAGACGUUGUUGCCUGCAAUAACACUUUGCAAGUAACCUAUUAAAAUUCUCAAGUUUAAAUGUACAAUUAUUUGAAAAGUGUAUUUCUUUGUCAGUCACAUUCAUGUUUUCAAGCAUAUUAC